AUGAGCACAUCGGUGAAGACGGCGGGUGUUUCAAUGCUACGUAAUCCUCCUCUUCUUCAACUUCUUCUUCUUCUUCCCCAAGAGAUUCUCAUCGAGAUCCUCUCCCAGCUUCCAACUAAAUCCCUAGUACGACUCAGGUGCGUUUCUAAAUCAUUUUGCACUCUCAUAGCUGAUCAUGGCUUUGGAGUUCUGCAACGCAGCUUGUCCUUGACACUUCCCAGUAGAGCGGGCAUCCUCAUCUCUAUCUCCGCCCGUUCCUCCCCUGUGUAUUACACCAUAAAUUUCAGCGAAAAAAAACCCUGGCGGCCGGGAAUGCUCCAAGCCAACAGUCUCGCCAACUUGGACUCUGAACCCCUUCUGAAAGGCUCUCUACGCUCCUCCUCCGACGGCCUGAUUUGCCUGUCCCGACCCAUCGGAGACGUCGUUGUUUGCAACGUUAGUACGGGACAGCGUAUUUCCCUUCCAAGAAUCCAAUUCUCUUCAGCCUGCUGUGCACGGGUGGGGUUCGAUUCACAAUCUCAAAGAUACAAGGUUUUGAUGACAGCCUGUCAAAGAACCAGGAGGAGGGGCAGCAGGCAAAUCUGCUUUGAGUAUAAUCACUGGAUUUUGACUGUGGGAGUGGAUAAAUCAUGGAGGGAGGUAAACUAUUCUUCCCUCCCCUUCUACCCCUUUGAUGCCAAUGGCUGCCCUGGCUAUUCUGAUACUAGUGUCCACAUUGAUGGGGUUAUCUAUCAGUAUAAUUGGCUGACUAGAGAUGACCCUCCUAGCUUCGACAUAGUAGCAUUUGAAGUUGGGUCCGAGAGUUAUGCUUUCAUACCAAUUCCACCUGAACUUCCAUCAUCAUCACAGAUUCAUUCUAUAGAUGCAUUUGGGGAAAAAUAUCACUAUUCUGGUUUGGUUCUCAGAAAUUUUGCAUUGCUACAAGUUUAUGGAGGUCAACUGGCUAUCGUUUAUGUUCACAAAAUACGCCACCUAUACUACAUGGAUGUUUGGACUUGGAAGAAAUCUGAGGAACGCUGGGGGAAGAUGACUGUGCCCAUUCCAUGUGAAGAGAGUAGAAAAAUCAAGGGAUUUGAAUACGUGCGAUAUAGUACGAAUCAUGCUGGAGAAAUUGUGUUGUUAUGUAUAAAUACUGAAAAACUUUUCAUUUUGGUUUGUAACUUGAAAAGUAAGGUUUUGAAAACAUUUGAUGUAGGUGGAGUUGAAUUUCCAAUUUGUUUCCCUAGGGAUGUUAGAAUGUACAAGACUAUGGACAAUGUGUUUUCCAUAGAGUAG